AUGCCGGCCAAACGCAAGGCGACCGACAGUGGUCGGUCCAGUAGAGCGUCAAAGCGAGCAACCCCCGUGCCUGAUCUCGGCAGUAGCGAUGAGUAUUCCGACUAUGAGGAGGAUGCAAAGGCAGAUAAGAUCAAAGAUAUGGUGGACAAGUUCUCCCUCGAAUCGUUCAGCAAGAAGUCCCAGAAACAAGAUCCAAACUUCGGCUACAAGGACUUCUCCUCCCUUCCCUUGAAGUCCGACCAUGCGAACCGUCCCCUGUGGAUCGAUCCGUUAAAAGGCACCAUUACGCUCGAGAGCUUCUCGCCGCUCGCUCCCCAGGCGCAAGAUUUCCUCACGACGAUCGCCGAACCGCUCUCGCGUCCCACGCAUUUGCAUGAAUACCGGUUGACGGGAAACAGUCUGUAUGCUGCUGUGUCGGUUGGGCUUCAGCCCCAGGAUAUCAUCAACUUCCUGGACAGACUGUCGAAGACUCCUCUUCCGGAUGCGAUUAAGUCGUUUAUCGUCGAUUUCACAAAGUCAUAUGGAAAGAUCAAGGUGGUGCUGAAGCAUAACAAGUUUUUCGUUGAGAGUACGGAUCCGGCCAUGCUUCAAAUGCUUCUUCAGGAUGAAGUCAUCGGGCCUCAGCGGGUGCACGGCUCCGAGGGAAUCAUCCAGCAAGCAGCGCCGAAGAUGGGAGGUCUUGUCAUUCCUGGAACUAAGGAUGCGGCGGGUGUCAGGCAGAAUCUGGAGCAGAAGCCUGCGGAAGAUGGGGCAGACAGACGUCCAGAGGACGAUGCAAUCAUGCUCGCCAUUCGCGAUGACGAUGAUGAUGACGAGCAGGCUCAAGUCCACAGCUUUGAGAUCCCGAACGAAGCCGUUGAACCUGUCAAAGCACGUUGUCAAGCCAUGGGCUGCCCUGCGCUGGAAGAAUAUGACUUUCGGAAUGACGAGAUCAACCCGACUCUUGAUAUCGACCUGAAGCCGAACGCGCGUAUUCGAAGCUACCAGGAAAAGAGCUUGAGUAAGAUGUUUGGUAAUGGGCGUGCGAAGAGUGGUAUCAUCGUCCUGCCUUGUGGCGCGGGAAAGACACUCGUUGGUAUCACAGCUGCUUGCACGAUCAAGAAAGGUACCAUCAUCCUUUGCACUAGUUCCAUGUCUGUCGUGCAAUGGAGGAACGAGUUCCUUCGGUGGUCCAACAUCGAUCCCGGUGAUAUCGCCGUUUUCACAUCCGACAAUAAGGAGAAAUUCCGCCGGUCGACCGGAAUCAUCGUCUCGACAUACUCCAUGGUUUCCCAAACACGAGCUCGGUCUCACGAUGCGCAGAAGAUGAUGGACUGGAUUCAGUCACGGGAAUGGGGUCUUAUGAUUCUGGACGAGGUGCACGUCGUGCCUGCGUCCAUGUUCCGAAAGGUCACCUCCGCCAUUGCCACGCAGAGUAAACUCGGCCUGACCGCUACGCUCCUGCGUGAAGAUGAUAAAAUCAAAGAUCUAAACUUCCUUAUUGGCCCUAAGCUGUAUGAAGCUAACUGGAUGGAGCUUGCGGAGCAGGGCCAUAUUGCCAAGGUGCAGUGCGCUGAAGUCUGGUGCCCAAUGACAACCGAGUUCUACACGGAGUACAUGCGAGAGAAGUCAAGAAAGGCUGCUCUUUUAUACAUCAUGAAUCCACGGAAAUUCCAGGCUUGCCAGUUCCUCAUCGACUAUCACGAGAAGCGGGGAGAUAAGGUUAUUGUGUUCUCAGAUAACGUAUAUGCGCUUGAACGAUAUGCCCUCAAGUUGAACAAGGCCUACAUUUACGGCGGAACGCCUCAGAACGAGCGCAUGCGAAUUCUUGAGAACUUCCAGCACAACGAGCAAGUGAACACUAUCUUCCUUUCCAAGAUUGGAGACACCUCUCUCGAUCUACCCGAGGCAACGUGCCUUAUUCAGAUCUCUUCCCAUUACGGUUCGCGUCGUCAGGAAGCCCAGCGCCUCGGUCGUAUUUUACGAGCCAAACGCCGAAAUGACGAGGGCUUCAACGCCUUCUUCUAUUCCCUCGUCUCGAAGGAUACAGAUGAGAUGUUCUAUUCGUCGAAACGGCAGGCUUUCUUGGUCGACCAGGGCUACGCUUUUAAAGUCAUCACUCACCUUCAGGGCAUAGAGAACCUGAGCGGCCUCGCGUAUGCUACUCCGUCGGAGCGCCGUGAACUGCUGCAAGAAGUCAUGCUGCAGAACGAAACUUCGGCCGAAGUGGAGAAUGUUGUCGACGACCUCUUCUCUGAUCGCUCUGGUGGCCGAGCAAGAGCCAAAGCAGGCGUCAAGCGAAGUGCGGCUACGCUUAGUGGUCUGGCUGGUGGUGAGGACAUGGCAUACAUUGAGUACAAUAGGAGCAGAAACAAGCAGUUGAAGGAUAAGGGACAUCAUCCACUAUUCCGGAAGCUCGAGCGGGAUCGCCUGAAGAGGAAGAAGGAAAUGGAGGACUUCAAUCGGUAG